GAGGAUUGGCUUUUCCACUUCUGUAAAUAAAUUUUUAAAAAAGGCCAUUGGAAUUUUGAUAGAGAUUGUGUUGAAUCUGUACAUAUGUACAUCACUUUGGGGGGGUAGCACCAUCUUAACAAUAUUGUCUUCCAGUCUAUGUACAUUGGAUGUCUUCCUAUUUAAUUAGGGGUUUAAUUUCAGCAGUUUUAAUAGUUUUUAGUGUGCAAGUCUUUUACCUCCUUGGUUCAACUUAUCCCUACGUAUUUUAUUCUUUUGGAUGCUAUUGUAUAUGGAAUUGUUUUCUUAAUUUUCUUUUCUUUGCUAGUAUAGGAAACACAUUGAUUUAUGGAUGUUGAUCUUGGACUCUGAAACUCUACUGAAUUUGUUUAUUAACUCAAGUAGGUUUUUUGUGUGAAUUCUUUGGGAUUUUCUAUGUAUGAUAUCAUCUGCAAAUAGUGAUCAUUUUACUUCUUCCUUUCCAAUUUGAAUUCCUUUUAUUUCUUUUUCUUGCCAAAUUGCUCUGGCCAGAACUUCCAGAAGAGUGUUGAGCAGCAGUAGAAAGUGGGCAUCCUUGUUUCUGAUCUGAGGGGAAAAGCUUUUUGUCUUUCACAAAAACAUCCAUGUCUUGAGCAUGGAUGUUAAUGCCCUUUAUCAUGUUAAGGAAGUUCCCUUCUGUUCCUGGUUUGCUGAGUGUUUUCAUCAUGAAAAGGUGGUGGACAUCAUGAGAGUCAACGUGGAUAAGGUACUGGAAAGAGAUCAGAAGCUCUCUGAGUUAGAUGACCGUGCAGAUGCACUGCAGGCAGGAGCUUCCCAAUUUGAAACAAGUGCUGCCAAGUUGAAGAGAAAAUAUUGGUGGAAGAACUGCAAGAUGUGGGCAAUAGGGAUUAGCGUCGUGGUCAUCAUCAUCAUCAUCAUCAUCGUGUGGAGCUUUUCUUAAUGAAGAACCAAUGGAACGCCAGCCCGCUGUUCAAGAACCCUCUUCAAGACUUUUCACUUAGAACCUGCCACAUUAUCAAGCUUACCUACUGUUAUAUCUAAAAUGAUUAUUUUCUGUUAGUUACUGUAAAGUUUGGUUUCUAAGAAAUGUGCCUUUGUUUUUUAAUAUGCACUCCAAACCAGAAGUGUAGUCAGCCCAGCUCGCAUUUUGCACAGUGCCUUUACAGAUUUACAUAUGGGCUGAUGAAGAGGACUUCUUAAGUUCCAGAGUGUAAUAGCCUAGAAGUAAUGUUGUCUGAUUAAUUGCCAUUAAUUCCAGUUAAGGGAAUUUGUUCUAAGUUAGCUGUCCUUGUCAUAUGACGUUAUCUUCAUGUGACAUUAUCUUCAUAUGACGUUAUCUUCAUAUAAACCUUUGGCUAAUCAGAUUUCCAAUUUGUGCCUUCUAGAAAGAACACUACUGCCUAACACAAUUCUGUGACAAUAUCCGGUUGUGCCUUAUUUUGCUAUUUUUCUGAUUCCCUAUAAGAGAAACCUCUACUGUUUAUAAGCACUACUGACUCUUUCGCUGUAUUUAAAAUAAGAUGCUGGUAAAGAGUUUUUGUUCUUACAUUAGAUAUGAAGAUGUUCACUUUCUUGUUAUGUAUCACUUGCUAAAAAUAUGAUUUUAAUCAGAAAUAAUAACCUCUUUAAAACAUUUUUAUAGAACUAUGGCUGUGACCAAAGUUUCUAUUUUGCCAAAAAGUUAAAUCCCAGUAAAAUGUCCUUAAGUUUGUUCCUGACAGAUUGAUUUAGAAAAGUGACAAAUAGAGCUCAAAGCGCCCUUCAGAAUUCAAACUGUAACAUCGGGUGUGAACCUUCUCCGUCCUGACAGACCUUUCUUGCCUUUGAAAUGCUGUCGGUGGUGCGACUCCACUUCCUAGUCAGCAUCUUUCCCAGGGGUUUGAGAAGGUUUGGGCCAGACUCUGACCAUCUCCCACCUCCAGACAGUGUUACCCAGCAGUUUGCAGAUGGAUCAGCGGUGGACGCCAGUAUGUUUCUAAUAAUUACGCGAGCCACAAUUCUGUAGCCUUCAAGUGAGACCUUCUGUGAACUGGUCUUUAUCUGACCCAGUCCCGUAGACUACAGCUUUUGGAGUGUGUUUCCAGUUUUUAUCCACAUUCUACUUUCUGAACCUGUUUUCUGAGCGACACUUUCCCUCAGGCAUUGGUCGGGGUGGACGACUGUUCACAGAGGAUGGCUCACCACGCCACUCCUCGCUGUCACAGACGGUCUGCACAAGACGCUGCUUUGGGAAUAGCUGUUGUCCUGAUUCUGAGAGACUUGCUGGGCACAUGAGACUUUGACCAGCAGGGCAUGUGGCUUAAGGAUGGGAGUUGAGGUAGGAAUGCAAACAGGCGAGGAGGCACUGCGGGAGAAACAGGUUUACCACCCCGUGGCCCCUUGUUACUGGAAUAUUCUAAAAUUCCUGUUCACAUGCUAGUAUGUGACUUACAAAGCAACAGCAGUUGAGGUGCACCAGGACACGGGUUCCAUUUCUUUAACAGCUGUUCCCCUGAUGCCCCUGAGAGGAUGUAAUGUUGAAACGCCUUGCAGCAUGCUCAGUUAUGAGAAGAAAACAGACGGUAGCCCACCCUCAGCUCAGGGUCUCUGGCCGGGUCUGACUCUGAAACCUUGGUGCUCUCUCCUUGGCCUCGAUGCUCAGUCCCAUGUAACCCACUGGCUCCUGCAUUAACCCAGGAAUACCUCGCUUGUAUCUGUGUAUUUAGCUGGGAACUUGCCCCUAUAAUGAACUGAAUAAAGUGUUUAUAAACAUAA